AUGUCAAUUUCAGUAGCAGACUUUCCUCCUGGCACAGAGAACAAUCUUCCGAUGAGAAUCGGUUGCUAUGUCCUCUUUGCACUAUGCACAAUCCCGGUCUUACUAAGAAUCUAUGUUCGCACAUUCCGUUCCCGGAAGAUUGGACUCGAUGACGGCUUCGUUCUGGCUGCAUGGGUGUCAGAGAUCGUCGUGAUAGUUUCAGUCAAGCUACAGUUUGACUCGGGGAUAGGUUGGCACGCAUCUGACUUGAUGAAACUUCCCAAUGGUGCAGAAUUAUUAUCGAGAAUGGUUCUGUGGCCAUGGGUUGCUCAGUUCCUCUAUUUCUUUCAACUGGGUUGCAUCAAGUCCAGUGUCGUGUCUUUGUACAUCCGGCUUGCAGUAACUCCCAUGCAGGUCAGGAUACUGUGGAUCACGCUGAUUAUCAUCUUUGGCCAAGGACUCUCAUCAUCUCUUGUAGUCGCAGGUUUCAUCUGCCGCCCUUUAUCGAUCGUUUGGGACAGUUCUCAAGGCCAAUUUGGAGGGCCACAAUGCAUGAACAUCCUUGCAUUCAACUACUACAACGCUGCCUUCUUUAUACUUUCUGAUCUUUUCCUCGUGGUAGCACCAAUCUUGGUGUGGACCUCGUAUUGCGGCUCACAGAUUCAAGUUGCCUUGAGUGUCAUGUUCAGUUUGGGUUCGCUCGCUAUUGGAGGCACAAUUGCUAGACAGGUAACAAACGCAAUUGCCAUAAACAAUACGUCGGAUUUCACCUGGUACUGGGCUGCCGCGGAGCUGAGUUCUGUCUUAGAGUCCAGUCUUGGAAUUGUGUUCAUUUGCGUGCCCGCAGUGGCACCGCUCUUUGGCACCAUGAGAGGAUCGCCUUCUAAAGAAAGCGAGGAAGGAAUCGACUUGGAAGAUCCGAAGUGUCCUGCGACUUUUGGAAAGCUGGGCCGGCAGACGAGAGCGCAACCUGGUGAUGAAACCCUCUUACACGAGACCCAAAUCACCAUAUCCAGCAAUGAUAGCGAUGUGGCAUUCCAGAACAGUAUCUGUGAGACUGAUGGUUGCGCAAGCCACUCGCAGUAG